AUGAAGUUGAGGCACAAUCGUCAGGCUCAGCUUCGGUAUUUCCUCGUCGUCGCUGUCGUGGCAUCUAGACUAAUUGAAGGAUUGUACGGAGAGCGUGCCGGUGCACGACCUUUGACCUUCCUCUGCGGUGACGAAGGAUCAGCAGCUAAAGUGAUGUCUCAAGUGAAAAUUAUGAUUCGUGUUAUGUACUCCAACCCACCAUUAUACGGUGCCCGUCUCGUACAAGAAAUCUUUAACACCCCAGAGCUCAAGAAACUAUGGUCAGUUUUUAUAUAA